GACGAAAGACGAAGAAAAGACGAAAGACGAAGAAAAGACGAAAGACGAAGCAAAGACGACAGACGAAAAACGAAAGGACGAAAGACGAAGGAAAGACGAAAAACGUGAAGAAACAGUCAAGAAAACGAGUAAGCAAGAAUCGAGAACGUUCGAGAAAAUCAGGGAAAAACGCAAGACGAGAGACAAAGAGGAGCAGACGGAGUAGGGAAAAGAGAGACAAACAACGAGUAGGUAAGAAUCAAGAACCUUCGAGAAAACGGGGGAAAGACGUGGAAAAAAAAACGGAGUAGGAAAAAAGAGAGACAAACGAAUAGGCAAGGAUUGAGAACAUUCCAGAAUCCAAAAAGAGAACAUAUAUACGAACAACGCACGUGUGACCGAGAACAUUCCAGAGCCGAACACAAGAACUCCAAUUGCCGUUUGUGAAAGUAAAAUCGAUAGACGAAAUUAUGGAGCAAUUAGGGCAAAUACCUACAAUAAAACAAAAAAUUGCUACAGCAUCUCGAGCAGUGAUAGUGGUCAUGCAUAAAUUUAUUUUCGAGGAAGACGGAGAUAGGAAUAACCGGCGGCGGUUACGAGAGUUCCGCGGGUUUGAAUUUAGCGACGACUCUGCCGAGUUCAGAGCUAAACUUCAAUAUGCUAUGAGAUUUUCAAUAGGCGAUUUAAUAUCAAUUUGCAAUAUUCUUGACAUUGCAUACAACGGGAAUGCUGAGCAAUUAAGAGAGCGGAUAGUGAGGGCCCUGAUGGAUAUAGGAUCUUUGCAAUCGACGAGGACGAGGAUGACGAGGAGGACGUUGACAACGAGGGUGAUGGAAAUAACGUCGAGAAUGAUACCUACGGGAUCAACGAUGAAGAUAAUGACGAGGAUGCUGAUGCCGACGAAGAGGGAGGAGGCACAGUCAGUGUGGAACGAGGAAACAAUCGUCGAUCUGAAAGAGAUAGGAGACAAAGAAAUGCGAAUAAUGACUCUAAACAAUUUACUUUGAGCUAUAAAGAUGUUGAGGAUUCGGU